CUUUGGACAAAGACGAAGUACAAGAGAAAGGGAGUUCAGGAAUCUGAUUGCUCAGUGAAGAGCUUCAAGUGCAUUGCUUUUUCUCCCGAAUUUGUUAACGAAAGAUGACCAGAAAAUUCUUCGUCGGUGGAAACUGGAAAUGCAAUGGAACACCCAAUGAGGUGAAAAAGAUAGUCACCGUUUUAAAUGAAGCUGAAGUUCCAUCAGAAGAUGUUGUGGAGGUUGUGGUAAGCCCUCCAUUUGUGUUUCUUCAUAUGGUGAAGAGUCUGCUGCGGUCCGAUUUCCAGGUUGCUGCCCAGAACUGUUGGGUUCGCAAGGGUGGUGCUUUUACAGGAGAGAUUAGUGCUGAGAUGCUUAUCAAUUUGGGCAUUCCUUGGGUCAUUCUUGGUCAUUCUGAAAGAAGACUUAUAUUAAACGAAUCAAAUGAGUUUGUUGGAGAUAAAGUUGCUUAUACGCUUUCUCAAGGCUUAAAAGUCAUUGCUUGUGUUGGGGAGACUUUAGAACAGCGAGAAUCAGGAUCCACGUUAGCUGUUGUAGCUGCACAAACACAAUCAAUAGCUGAUAAAGUGUUCAACUGGGAUAAUAUUGUCUUGGCAUAUGAACCAGUUUGGGCCAUUGGAACAGGGAAGGUUGCAACCCCUGCUCAGGCUCAGGAAGUUCAUUUUGAGUUGAGAAAAUGGCUUCAUGACAAUGUUGGUGCUGCAAUUGCUUCAUCAACCAGAAUCAUCUACGGCGGUUCUGUAAAUGGAGCAAACUGCAAGGAGUUGGCAGCACAGCCGGAUGUUGAUGGAUUUUUGGUUGGAGGAGCUUCUUUAAAGCCGGAGUUCAUCGACAUUAUAAAGUCCGCCACAGUGAAGAAAAAUGCCUGAGCUUGAGAAAGUUUUCCCUAGGUGGCUUUUUCAUCAAAUUUGAGUUAUAAUAUCAGUGGUUCAGGUGUGAACUUUGUACUGAAUAUAGUCCACUUCUUUUAAAAUGUAAUAAGUGGGAUCAUAUGAUGUCUUAUCUUUCACUGCUUCAAUCAAGUGACACAAGGUUUUGCUUAUUA